AUGUACUUCUACCAGCCGCCAAUCGGCCUGGGGGUGGCACACGCUCUUGGAGUGUUCUUCGCCAUCUCCUACGUUGGCUCGCUGUACCUGUCGCGACAGGCGCGGCUGGUCUUCAAGAGCUCCGCGCAGCGUCUCCGCGAGGGAGAGCAGCGGCGCAAGCAAAACGACGAACGCUGGCGCGACGACCCGGACGUCAUCCGUGCGCGGCUGGUCGCUGUGGGGCUGAGCACCGCGCUCAGCUGCGGUAUCGUGUUGUGGCUGCUGUGGAACCUCGCGCAGGACUUCACCAUCGCGUUCGACGCGGCAUCCACGCGCCUUGGCUUCAGUCUCCCGCUCGGAGACGUCUUUCCCGUCUGCCUUGUUACGCCGAUACUCUUCCUAGGUCCGCUAUAUGCAGAGUACUUGAUGGGUAGGCUGCCCCUGCAACGGAACUGGAGUUGGCGUCGAGACUUGCUCCCGAUGAUUACGACAUGGCAGGGCUGGCGGAAUUAUCUCAUGGCUCCAUUGACCGAGGAGGUCGUUUUCCGCGCGUGCAUGCUGGCCGUGUACCAUCUCGCGGGCGCGCCCAUUGGCAGGAUGAUAUUCAUGACGCCUUUGCUGUUUGGAUUUGCGCAUAUCCAUCAUGCUUGGGACAUCUUUAAUCGUUACGGGCGCUCAGUGGCUGCUGCCAAACGUGCUAUCUUUGCUACCAUCUUACAAUUGUCGUAUACGUCUCUUUUCGGCUUCCAUUGCUCAUACCUCUUCCUCCGCUCAGGGUCAAUAAUCCCUCCACUCACGUCGCAUAUUUUCUGCAACAUCAUGGGUCUCCCUCAGGUCAGCUUUCAUCUGGCAACAUUCCGCUCUCGCCGCAACGCUAUUAAGGCUGCAUACAUCAUCGGUAUUCUCGGGUAUAUAUAUACCAUGAAUAAGUGGACACUGGUGGAGGGUUGCUUGUAUUGGCGAGCUACUAGUAAAGUAAACGGCCGGCCCAUAUAUUGA